AUGCAAGGACUUCAAAAUACGCCUUUUACGAUUGAAAAUAUUCUAAGUGGAAGUGUAUUUUCUAAGCCUAAAAAGAAGGAAGAGAAAAGUGAUGAAAUGUCCUUCAGCGAAAUUUCGGAUCUACGCCUGAGUUCUGCGAGUCCUGAGCCUGCAGACUGUGUAGAUGUGGAGGGUACGGAUUCGGAUUCAGAAGUGUCCACAAUGUCACACGUUACUUCUGUUUGGACAUCAGAUGUUGAACUCCCCAGGAAAGUAUCUCAAGAGACAGAAUCUAACCAAGAUGCUUUACAAAACCAAGAGAGUGACAGACUGGACGAAGUACAAAUAAAACAGAUCCUACCAUGUAAACCAAGAAAGAAAAGAUCAAGAGCAGCGUUUUCGCAUGCGCAAGUUUUCGAGUUGGAGCGGCGUUUUCGGCACCAGCGCUACUUGUCCGGCCCUGAAAGGACCGAUUUAGCCAAUACCUUGAAACUGACAGAGACACAGAUAAAAAUAUGGUUUCAAAACAGACGUUACAAGACAAAACGGCGACAAAUUCAGGAACAAACGUGUAUAAACACUGCCAAAAAAGCAGACGUGACAUUGCUAAUAAAAGACGGGAAGCGGAUUUAUUCUAACGGAGAAGGUCAAAGGUCAAUGAUAUACCCAUCAGUACCAAUACCGAGUCAUCUAGACUAUCGUUAUUUUUACUUUGUGCAAUGA